AUGGCUUCAGAAGCGGAUUUUUCAUCGGAGCCACUGACGACUUUCAUCGAACACCUCAUGGCCAACAGCCACAGAGGCCACAGAGACAUCUCCUUCCUCCUCCCCCUCAUCAUGGGCCUAACCUCCACCAGCCCACCUCACGAAACCCAGGAUCAGGCCGGUCCGUUCGAGCCACGCGGUCGAUUCAUCCUCGUCAGCCCCUUUGCAACAGAAAUAAACGGCGGCCAAAACGGCCGGCCGCCGGCUUCGAAGGCGUCCAUUGAAGCCUUGGAGAGUGUGGAGAUCGAGAACGACGACGACCAGUGUGUCGUCUGCCUGGAGGAUUGGGAAAUUGGGGAGAAGGCUAGGAAAAUGCCCUGCGGCCAUAGGUUUCACGGGGAGUGUGUGGAGAGGUGGCUAAGGAUUCACGGGUCGUGCCCGGUUUGUCGAUAUGAGAUGCCGGUCGAGGAGGACGAAGAUGGUGAUAAGAAGGUGGGUGAUGGAGAGAGUAGGAGAGGGAUUUGGGUCGGGUUUGGGUUUGGUUGGGUUGAUUCUAGUGUCAGGAAUCUGAGUAGUGGAUUUCCACAUAGUGAUCAAGAAAUGCAGCAGGACUAG